UAAGAUGAGGCGAAAGAAACCCAUCAUCCCCUUUCUCUUUCUUUCAUAUACUAAGCCACCGCACAAAACCACCUCAAACAUUAUUUCUUGCUCUCUAAGAUCUGCGCCAGAAGAAGAACUCUCUCUCUCUCUCUCUCUCUCUCUCUCUCUCUUUCUCUCUCUAGACACACACACACACACAGCCCUUUUGUUUCCUUCCAUGGACACUGCUCAUGAAUGGCCACAGAUGAUGGGUGUAACCAUCUAACCAUCUGGAGAUUGGAGUGGUGAAACCUAUGGAGGAGAUGGUCUCUAAUACAAGAAGGGCAAGGCCACAGAAAGAACAAGCCUUGAAUUGUCCAAGGUGUAAUUCAACAAAUACAAAGUUCUGUUACUACAACAACUAUAGCCUCACUCAGCCAAGAUAUUUCUGCAAGACUUGUAGGAGGUACUGGACUGAAGGUGGGUCUCUUAGAAAUGUUCCUGUUGGAGGAGGUUCAAGGAAGAAUAAGAGAUCUUCAAACUCUUCUUCUUCAUCUUCAUCGAAAAAGAUGCCUGAUCUCACCCCAUCCACUUCUUCCCCUUCUCAAAAUCCUAAGAUCCAUCAAGGUCAAGACCUCAACUUGGCUUUCCCAGCCACACAUGAUUUCAACACCACCACCAACAACAACAACAACCCUUGUUCAUCCACUUCAUCUUCUCUUUCAGAGUUGCUGAGGAAUGGGAUUACUUCAAGGGGCUCAAAUUCUUUCAUGCAAAUGCCUAUUUCGGAAUCUAAUACAGUUUACCCAUCUGGGUUUGGACAAUUGCAGGAUUUCAAACCAACCCUUAAUUUCUCUCUUGAUGGGCUUGGAGUUUCAGGUGGUGGGUAUGGGAAUCUACAUGGGGUUCAUCAGGAGAGCAGUGGGAGGCAUUUAUUUCCUUUUGAAGAUUUAAGACAGGUUUCAAACACCACUGAAUUUGAGCAUAAUAGAGGACAAGGGGACUCAACUGGAUAUUGGAAUGGAAUGUUGGGUGGAGGAUCUUGGUAAA